AGUGUGCGAGAAAGAAUACACAGUAAAAACAGCGCACGAUUAACGACUUGCCUAGCGCCAUCUAGCAAGAGUCGAAAGGACCUUUCCUUUUCGAGUAGCGUGACUCAACGACAAACAAACAGCAAACUCGGACGAACGCGAGUCGACUCGUCUCUCUCUGCUCGUAGCAGAACUUACUCGGAGUGUGUUCCUAUCGGUGGUUAUGGACGGAUGUAGUAUGGGAGUUUGGUAGCGUCUACAAACAUUCAUUGUUCGUUGGUCGUAAUUUGUCGAUCGUCGGCAAUUGACGACGAAGUGUCUGCGAGCGAGGCUUGAUGCGGUGUACUCGCUCUCACCGAAAGAAUUGGAGAGAAUCGUCGCCAAGUAUUAUGGUACUUGGGCUACUAUGGAAAUCAGUGACUCGCGCGUGAUGUCGGUGAUGUAGAGAUACUUGAUAUAGGAAAGAAUCGUACGAGAGACACCGAAAAGUUUUUUACAGCAAACGAGGACGAACGAAUGUCAUCGAAACAUUGUGGUUGUGAACAAUGGUGGGAUUAAAUCUCGUCGUGUCCGUGGAUGAUAAUUCCUAGUUGCUAAAACGUUUAUCCUCUUUACAUCCACGAUACAGCGAUUAUCUAUCUGCAUUUGGCAUUGAGAAAUGCCAGCACUACCUCCGCCCCUUCCGAGUUUGCCAGAGGUACCUAUGUGUGAGAAAACAGAAGUCAGCGAUACCGAUUCUUUGCCCCCUUGGGCUAAAAUUACGCUUACAUCUGCGGAAGCUGAAAUAGAAAAGCUGAUAUCACGAAACGAAUUGAAAGAUGCAGAGGUAACUUACUUCUGUCAAGUGGAACCGAUCCUUCAAGAUGGGCCACAAUGUGGUUUAGUGGCACUUGCAAUGGCAUCGCAGGAAUACACGAAACCAGUCUCUGUGAGCCAAUUACUUGCCGAAGCUCGUGUUCGAGGAUUUACGCAACAUGGAGAGGUAUAUAGUGUUGAUUUCAUGGGAACACUAGCUGCGGAAUAUUUGCCCGAUCAUAGGCCGGAUAUCCUGGUGGAUUUACAACAGUGCCCAGAUACAUUAACUCACGCUUUAGCACAUGGAGCAAUGGUGCUAAUUCCAUACGAUUCCGACUUUAACCAUGCUCCGUGUCUGAAGAGGGGCCAUAAAGCACACUGGGCAUUGCUCGUGGGAUUAAUUUCUUCUAGACAAGGAUACUAUGUCUUGGCACGUCACGGUAAGUCACGUCAUCUAGCUUGUUGGCCGUUGCGCGAUUUAAUCGAAAGUAACGGCAACUUGGAGGAAGAAGGUACAGCAAGACACGCAGGGGGAUAUGUUAUACCAAAGGGCGGUGUCGGUGGUCAAAGAGGUUUACGCGGCAGAGCAUUGGCGUUACAUCCAUACAUAUAGAGAGAGUCGUGUACGUAAGAAACGUACGUAGGUAUAAAUGGCGAUAUCAAUGAAAGAGAAGAAAAGUUGAUCGAUACAACGUAUCUGUUACUGUAUUUGCAUUCUGACACUCCACGACGAGCGAAAUAUUCAAGGCAAUAUUUGCACACAGCUUUCGCAACAGCUAAUUCAACUAAUAAUUAAUAAUUGUGUAAUACGCGAUGCUUUGAUUAAUGUAUAUUUGAAUUGGCGCGAGAGAGAGAGAGAGAGAGAGAGAGAGAGAGAGAGAGAGAGAGAUGUGCGCGCGUAUGUGUGCGUGUGUGUGUAUUAUAUAUACAUAUGUGCAUGUGUGCACGUAUACACAUACAUUUCACGCAAUGUUGGUUGCAACUCAGUCUACUUACUGAGAGAGAGAGAGAGAGAGAGAGAGAGAGAGAGAGAGAGAGAGAGAGAGAGAGAGAGAGAGAGAGAGAGAGAGAGAGAGAGAGAGAGAGAGAGAGAGAGAGCUACGUUCUGGCACUAGACUUCACAUGACUCCAAGUAGUCGUAUUUUCGCUUUCCUCGAAUUACACGAUGUAAAUAAGGAUUAACAAGAGGUUGAAGCACGAGAGUGUGAUGUGUGCGAUUAAACACUGGCGAUUCCUGGUAGCGAUGCAUUCCUAUCAAGUCGAGACACAUGGCAAAUACACAUAUGGCAUGCAUAGAGAGAUAGAUACAGAUGGAACACUCACUUCAAAAUGUUUACAUAAGUAAAUGUGUAUACAUAUAUGUAUUAGGUAGGCGUUUUAUCAAAAGUCAUUAUUAAUUCAGAUCGAAAGAUCAAAAAUGUAUAUUUCUUUAGAUAGGGCAUAUUAUGUAGAUUUUCAACGGUAAUUAUAGUUUCCGUCUUAUGUUGGUGCAAUAAAUAAAGAGUAAAUCUAUUAUAUGACAACUUUUUUAGGCAUUGAAUUUCAAGCUUGUCACUGAAUAUGUUGUAUCGGUUUUGAUGUAGGGUUCUUGAGAUAUGAAUGAGUGCACGUUGUGUGCACGUUUAGUUUUCGAACGUUUAUAGAGAGUGUCGGAAGAUAAGGUCAAGCGGUCGUCAGUAACGGGACUGACGGUAUUAUUAUACGUAUUUAAAUCUCCCGUAUAUUGGCUGUGAUUUUUUGGCAGAGACGUCGACGCCAGCCGAAUGACCGAACAUCCGUAUCGCAACAACUUGCCGAAGCAUAAUCCAUACAGGACUAAUUAUACAUUUAUCUUUUGCUCAUUUCCUGCUUCUCUCCUCGUCUAUUGCCGUCUUGACCUUACCUUUCGAACAACGUUCGAAACAUCUAGACUAGAGAAAUAUGAUAGUUUUCUUUUUGUGCACGUUUCGCGAUAUCGCGCAAAUACAUUUUCUUUCGCUACAUAUAUUACAAAUUGUCGCGUUUAACAAUGUAGCGAGAGGAAUCGUUAGAGAUUACAGUGAAAUUGAUCAUUAUUGCCAGAGUACGAAUGUUAGAACUCCAAAUGUCAUGUAUCAUUAUAUUGUCGCGUCGAUAUUUGUUGUCGGCCAGGUGAAUAAUUGGAAAGUCGACAGCUCGCUUCGACAUUCAAGCCACACGAAAUUUCAGUAUUACACACAAUUUCUUAGUCUGGUGAGGAAAAACUGCGCCACCCCGAUAAAAUUUUAUCAAUUGUUUCCUUUUUAGAUCUCGCUUGUCUUUUGAUAUUUUUUGCUAUAUAAAAUUCUUGAGUAUAGUUCUCUAAAUAUAUAUAAAAUAAAAGACUCGAAGAUACUCGAUGAUUGCGACUGAUCUUCUCAGUCACAUAUGGUGGUAUAUUUCAUACAUUUUGUAUUCAAGUUCGUCAAUAAUUAAAAAACUUGAAGAAAUAAAUUAGUAGACUUACACAGUUUCAAAUUAAUAAGGGAAGAGAGAGAAAGAGAGAGAGAGAGAGAGAAAGAGAGAAAAGUCUUUUUAAAAUAAAUUUUACCAAAGUGCCGUGAAAAAAAGGAAUACAAGAUCGAAGUCGACUUACUAUAUAGAAAAUAUGCAUAAAAAAUCUACGCUGUUAUCCAGCUUUUCCGUUUCAUCGCUGCAUCAUAUAAUCACAAUACUCUGUAAAAAAAAUUUGUUAAUAAUGAUAUAGAUUUCUACGGUUUUUCUUUUCUUCCUUUUAACAUUUCAUACAUGUCCAGACAAUACAAAUGUCUGAAAAUGAAUUUUUCGGAUAUUAAGACGUUUUUUAGAUAGUUGUACGAUGUUUCUUAGACAUUUGUGUCAUUUGAAUGCGGAAUCGAAGUGAAAUAUCUUCUCUGUGGAAAUUAACUAAUGUAAGCAGAGUGUAUGUAAAAGUACAAGAGAGAAUAAUGUCUUCCGUUACUAUCACGAUACAGUCUUGUCAUGAAUUUGUAAGAGAGAAUGAACAAAAAAACAGAAUAUAUGAGAACUAUAAAU